AGAGAGAGAGAGAGAGAGAGAGAGAGAGAGAGAGAGAGAGAGAGAGAGAGAGAGAGAGAGAGAGAGAGAGAGAGAGAAGCCCACAGCGCAGGCUAAUGGCAGCCGGGGCUCAUUGCUGCCACGAAAACACGUAGCCGACGUCAAGUUGCCCGUGAACUUUGUCCCGUUGCGCAGCCAUGUCCCGCACGCUGCUGACGAGGAACGGCCGCGGAGCGAUACCGCUGCUCCGCGGACGCGCCGACGCACUUUCCGGAGUUCGCCCGGUCGCGCGGCGCCUCGUCAUAGACAUGUCCUACUCCGCGCACUUCAUGGAUUUCAAAGCCUCCUCCAUACCGAGCGGCAUGAGGAAGCUGGUCGUGAGCAAGCUCAGUCCGAAUUUCAGGGAGGCCGUGUCCGCGCAAAGCGUCGCGGUUCCGACCCCCGGGGACGCGGACUUGCUCGUCAGGAAUCGUUUUGCAGGAAUCAACGCCUCCGACAUUAAUUACUCGGCCGGUCGCUACGACCCCUCGGUGAAGCCCCCCUUCGACACCGGUUUCGAGGGCAUCGGUGAGGUCGUCGGCCUCGGCCUCAGCGCCAGCUCCCGCUACACCGUCGGGGACACCGUGGCCUACUUUGGCAGCGGCGCGUUCGCCGAGUACACGGUGGUGCCGGCCAAGGAGAGCGUGGCGGUCCCCGCGGCAAAGCCCGAGUUCCUCACCCUGCUGGUCAGCGGCGCCACGGCCUACAUCGCCCUGAAACGUCUGGGCGACCUGGCCAAAGGUGAGACGGUCCUGGUCACGGCGGCGGCGGGGGGAACGGGGCAGUUCGCCGUGCAGUUCGCCAAGCGGGCCGGCUGUCACGUGAUCGGGACCUGUUCGUCCGACGAGAAGGCCGGCUUCCUAAAAACCAUCGGCUGCGACAGGCCGAUCAACUACACCACGGAGGACCUGGCGAAGACGCUGAGGAGCGAGUACCCGCGAGGCGUCGACGUGGUGUACGAGUCCGUUGGAGGCAGCGUCCUAGAAGUCGCGGUGAACAGUUUGGCCAACAAGGGCCGGCUGAUCGUCAUCGGCUUCAUCUCGGGGUACCAGACGGCGUCGGGGAUCCCAGCGUUCAGAGGGGCAACGCUGCCGGCCAAGCUGCUGCAGAAGUCGGCGAGCAUCCGGGGAUUCUUCCUGCCCCACUUUAUCAGCGACUACAAGGAGGCGCUGGGUAGCAUGAUGCAGAUGUUGUCCCAGGGGAAGCUGGUGUGUGAGGUGGAUUGUGGGGAUUCGUCAGAGGGGGGGAGGUUUGUAGGCUUGGAGUCCGUCUUCCGGGCUGUGGACUACAUGUAUGCUGGGAAAAACCUGGGCAAGGUGGUGGUGGAAGUGGCACCGACCCCUGUUAGCAAUAAGCUCUGAUUGAACUAGAAUCAUACUUGAACUCAAAUGAUUGAAGGAUAACUCCACAAUGCUUUCGCAAAUGAACAUAAUGAAUUAUUUUCUGCUAUUCUGGGUUUUGGAAAUAUAGGAAGGUGUGUUUUUUGUUUUGUUUUAGCUUUUAGCAGUUUGUUCCAAGACUUAAAUUAGUCUAAAAGAAAUCCUGUAAAAUGUACUAAUGACAUGCAUUGAUGAUCGUAUUGCACAAAUAUUCAGAUAAAAAAAAAAUCCGACACUA